AUGACCAAAACAGCAGCUACCAACAUCUCCGAGGUUGAGUCCUUCUUCCUCACGGCCAUGGAUGCAUUGGCCGCUGAUGUCGUCUUCGACAGCGUCGAUGGUGACCAGACCUUCCACCAGGUCCAGCUCGACCUAUUGGGAAUCCGUUUCAUGCGGUGCAGCCGCAUCAUGGGGCUCGCCCAUCAAGAGGUGCCAUAUAUCCAGGGAUGCCUGAGCAACAAAGACCUAGUCACGGUCUAUCAGCGCAUGUUCGAAUUCAAGGCGGCCCUCGAUCGGAGCGGCACCUUUGUCCCUGCCGACACCAGGGCAGCCCAUGUCGAUCCCGACCCAGACUCGCUCAGGGGUUGGCUGUCCAACUUCCAGCGCGACUACCGGCGGAGAUUCAACGCGGAGCAUCCGCAUUUGAUUUUGAAGUGGGUGCCAAAAACCCACGACCACAUCCAGACGAUGCUUAGCAGUUUCAACGAUGCAAUCGUCUCUCUUGAACAGCUCGUUGGACAUGACAUUAUGUCUCUCGCUAGGCAGGACGCCGUUGAACUCGCGAAAGCACCAUGCCAAGCUCAUCUGAUGGAGGUUGCGAGUGGCACGGAUCCCAUGCUAUUCGAACUUUUGCAGGAGGAGCAGAAGAAGAAGCACCAGCAGCUGGAGCAAAAGGGCCCGCAGGAUCAGGAUCACAACGGACAGCAUGACUCGGCCCAGCACCAGCAGCUGGAGCAAAAGGGCCCGCAGGAUCAGGAUCACAACGGGCAGCAUGACUCGGCCCAGCACCAGGAACAGCUACAGCGAGAGUAUGACGUACUGCAGACAAAGCUGGCCGGAAUACGGUGUGAACAGACCGAGAGGAAUGAAAGCCGUUGUCUGGCCCCGACCGUGCUGGAGAUAAAACAGGCUACGACAGAUCAAGACCUUCGUCUGCGGUUGGCCCGGAUGGAAAGAGAGCAAGCUGCGGCCAAUCAACACUAUCUUCUGCGGCUGGACAAGCUACAAAGAGAGCAACGCGCAACGGAUCAAGCUUAUCAUCACAAGCGGGACAUCCUGCAAAAGAAUCAGGCCACGAGUGAGCUCGUCUAUCCUCAACAGGAGGCUAAACUACAGAGCGAUCAGGCAAUAAGAGACCAGGACCGUUUUCAACAGAUGACCGCGAUAGACAGUGUGUAUAGCCAGCGAAAGGCCGACCUGCAGAGAAAGCUUGGAGAGCGAAAGUCGGAGCUACGGAGAGAGCUUGGCCAGCGAAAGUCUGAGCUCCAGAAAAUGCUGGUCGAUGCGGAUUUGCUCUUUGUUCAGAAGAGCAUGGAGCUGCGAACUCAGUGUCAUCGGGAAAAGGAGAAGCUGUGGGAGGAGUAUAACUUGCAGCUGCAGAAAUAUUCUAGUGAUGCACUCGCGUUGCAGCACAUUCAUACCAUGGACAGGAACCGUUAUUCUCACAGGCUGGCCGAGUUGAAGAGCAGGUAUGCCGUCCAGAGAAAGGAAAAUUCUAACUGGCGACUCCGGUGGAAGAAGCAGCAUAUCUUGCAGCAGGAAGAUUAUUCUCGGCAGAUAAUCAGGAUGCGGAGGGAGUAUACCCUGAAGCACCACCAGCUAGAACAACAGUAUGCCAAAGGAAGCCUUGAUCAUUUGCAAUGGCAGGCCGAGAAGCAGCAGGAGCUGGAGGAGCUGGAGGAUCAACUGCAGCGAAUUCAGCAGCAAAUGCCGCUGGAGAUGACGCGAGAGCAGGACGAUGGAGCCAGUGCUAUCAACAAUCCAACCUCCAACCCAUCCUACGUGUACCGUUCGCUCGCAGACUGGAAGGCCAGACAGGCUGUCGCAGCCGACACACCCAGCAAGGCCACUACGGCCGAUGCACCAAGUACACCAACAACAACCAGUUCAGUCACCAUCCCUAGUAGCGCACCCGAAGCACCCAGCAGGUCCAACGGGCCCAUUGUGCCUAUAUAUUAUCAGUGGCCAACCGACGACCCGAGCGUCCUCAUUGGGCAGGAAUUCGGGACUGAGCUCCGUAAUCGUGUCAUCGACAACUCACUCAUCAUGUUAAGGCCUGACGCUUGA